AUGUGGUCCUCGCUACCAUCGCUGCUGGCGCUGCCCAUCCUGGGCCUCAUCUCUAUCCCCCUCAUUCUAUCAGCAUGGGUCACAAUCUCCUUCGCAUUGAUUACACUAGUCCUUAGACUAUCACUAGUCUCUGUCGAACUAGUCUGUGGGCUGUUUAUACAUUUCUUUUCAGUGCCGACAUCACCAACUUCGUCAUUAUUAACCUUCACGGCUUCAGAACCUACAUCCCCAGCUACAGGUAGAUCAAGAAGAAACUCCAGUCAAUCUACACAUUCCCGGAAACCCAAUGACUUCCUCACUGCCUGGACCACUAGCACGCAGGAUGACCCAGCAAACCGUAAGAGAAACUCCUAUGCGCGGAGCAUGAUCGAGGCCCAUCUAUCCACCUCGACACCACAGCACCACCUGCCCAUCAGCGGCGAUGAAAGACGAGACUUCGAAGGCGUAGGCGGCUGGCGCUCAUACCGAUCAUCCAAGACCCGCAGCACAAACACUCAAGCAAGCUCAAUAUCAUCCUCAUCAGCGCGUAGCACGACUGGCGACGUCGAUCAAGACACAGACAUCGACGCAGACGAGCGUGCCUGGCUCUCUCUAAACAACCGCCUGGAACUGCCAUCGCAACUUGUCACGCUAGCCACAAGCGUCCACACUAGUACGCUGAACAGCCCCCAGAAUGAAAGCGACUCGCGCACUGGCCGUAGCAACAUCCACUCGCUGGUAGGCGCCGCAGGCUCACGGCAUAAGCAACAAGACGGCCCAAGACACCACCAGCGCUCGCUCACCACUUCCUUGCUGACAACAUCGGACCGGCACACUGGCACGGGACUUUCCCUGGCGGUGUCGACCAGACCCGACAGCACGACUAUCAAUUCGAGGGAGUACGGUCAGUCCACGUCGUCCACGGCGCGACUCACGUCCCCGUCUAUGACGCCGCAGCCAUACGUGCAGUUAGGUUCGAGCUGGAAUUCCCAGACGCGUGCUGGUCCCCGCGCGUUCCCUGCUAGCGGUACACCAUUUACCAGCACUUACCUCCCCAGUUAUGGGGAUGGCCUUGGGCACAGCUUCGGAAGCAACAGCAGUAGCGGAAGCGUUGCCAAUGGAGGUGGGGGAUACUUUUCGCUCAGACGGCCCGGGUCUUCUGGUAGUCAUAUCCUCUCUGGACGAGUUAGUCCCAGUGCGAGUGGGUGUAAUACACCUGGAGUUGGCUUUUCAACCGAAGAGCGUGAUUCAGGACUGGCGCGCUUGAUGGUACAUUAUCCCACUAGCCCCAGGCACCGGAGACAAAGUAUCUCUGGGCCGAAUUCGAGGGGACUGGCUGCUGGUGAUCGAAGUGGGUGA